AUGGUCUCCCUCAUCCCCAACCGUCUCAAGCGGACAACUUCAAAAUCCAACACCAAUUCAUCCACAAACAGUCGCAGCACCAGCCCAAUGCGAUCCGUCAAGGCAGAAAGUUCAAGCCCCGAGGCUAAGAAGGACGCUGGCCUGGUCCUGAAAGUCGUCGUUAUUCGUGCAAGAAACUUGGCCGCCAAGGACCGCGGAGGUACUUCAGAUCCUUACCUCCAAUUGAAUUGCGGCGAAAACAGAUUCGUUUCACACUGCGUCCCCAAGACGCUGAACCCCGAAUGGAAUGUCGUUGCAACUUUUCCCAUCAGUGGCAUUGAGAACCUCCUCCUCGAAGCCAUCUGCUGGGACAAGGAUCGGUUCGGAAAAGACUACUUGGGCGAGUUUGAUCUAGCGCUCGAGGAGAUAUUCAACAACGACCGGAACGAGCAAGAACCAAGAUGGUAUCCUCUGAAAAGCAAGAGAACUGGCAGCAAGGACAGUGUGGUCUCUGGAGAAAUCCUGCUGCAGUUUACCAUAUUUGACGGGAACGACACCGCAGCUACUGACGCACAAGUACUGGAGAAACUUCGCGCGCUCGCCAGCUUGGUGCCCGACGUGCCAUCUCGAAAUGUCACCCCGACGAGAACUCCCAUACUCGGCCCAAGGUCGUCUUCCAAAGGCACUACUUCUGCGGCGGUGCCCGACCUUCAACGCAGUGGAACUGACAAUUCCCAAGACGACGACGAGGACUAUGACGAAGAUGUACUCGACGACGAUGAGACCCCAGAAGACGAAGACCCUACCAAGCCCGAGGCCAUUGAGAAGCGCAAGCGGAGAAUGAGGAUCAAGGGUCUCAAGCGCAAGAAGAGAAAGAAUCCCUAUGAGUUUACGAACGGUGGAAGUGAUGUCGUAGGUCUCGUGUUCUUGGAAAUUGGCAGUAUUACCGAUUUGCCGCCAGAGUCCAACUUUACAAAGACAAGCUUCGACAUGGAUCCUUUUGUCGUGGCCUCGCUCGGCAAGAAGACCUACCGCACCAAGGUGGUUCGUCAUAACCUGAACCCGGUCUUUAACGAGAAGAUGCUCUUCCAGGUUCUGAACCAUGAGCAGACCUACUCCUUCGCCUUUACCGUGAUUGACCGCGACAAGUACUCUGGAAACGACUUCAUUGCCUCCACCUCAUUCCCUCUGCAAGAAAUUAUUGAAAAAUCGCCCAAAGCAGACCCUGAAACUGGUCUUUACGAUCUCAAAGACCCUCCAGAAUUCACUCCCCUCAAGAAGUCCCGCUUGGCCAAGCUGGGAAUGUCGAGAUCGGCCUCGUCGCAAAGCCUGAACAAGAUGCGCCCGCCCCUGUCCAAGAACCCUUCCACCAUGUCGGGCCAGGGAGAUGCACCGGGAGCUGUUGCAGCCAAUCCCGAUCCUAAUCUUCUUGCGCCUGAGCAGCUGCCUGUGCUAAAUGCAGCGGGUGGUGAAACCGGCGAAGCUGCUGCGGAUGACCCUGACUUUGUUCCAUUCACCGUGCCCCUAAAGAUGAAGAACAUGGAAAAAUGGGAGGCCAAGCACAACCCGCAACUAUUCAUUCGUGCCAAGUACAUGCCAUACCCUGCGCUACGUCAACAAUUUUGGCGUGCCAUGUUGAGACAGUACGACACGGAUGAAAGUGGAGAAAUUUCCAAGGUUGAGCUGACCACCAUGCUUGACACACUCGGCUCGACCCUGCGAGAAUCCACCAUCGACAGUUUCUUCCAAAGAUUCCCGCACAAGGCUGCCAAUGGUGAAGAGACUAGUAAUCUCACCAUGGACGAAGCUGUUAUAUGCCUGGAAGACCAAUUGGAGCAAAAGAGUAAGCCCUCUUCUGUCGGUAACAAAUUCAAGGGUGUAUUACCAGAUGCCGGAAAAGUAAAGGACAUGUUGUCCGUGCCUGGCCAUGUGGCGAGUAGCGGCGACUCUACCCCGACCGAAACGCCCGGUGAAGAAGGCUCUUUUACAUUGAGCUCCCAGGAUUCGACCAUCCAGGGUGAGCAGCCUUCUACAGCUACGAUCGUCGUUCCCACCAUGAGCACCCCUGGUGAAGAGGGCGAGAGCCUUGACAAGGACGAUCUGAAUGUCAACAAGGGUGAAGAGCACGUCGUGGAGAUCAGGGAAUGUCCGAUCUGCCAUCAGCCGCGUCUCAAUAAGCGCAAGGACACGGACAUCAUCACUCACAUUGCUACUUGUGCUAGUCAAGAUUGGCGCCAAGUCAACUCCAUUAUGAUGGGAGGCUUCGUCACUGCCAGCCAAGCACAGAGGAAGUGGUACUCCAAGGUCAUCACCAAGAUCUCGUACGGUGGCUACAAGCUGGGUGCCAACUCGGCCAACAUCUUGGUCCAGGACCGUCUUACUGGCCAGAUCAAUGAGGAGAAGAUGAGUGUCUACGUCAGACUCGGCAUCAGAUUGCUCUACAAGGGUCUCAAGUCCAAGGACAUGGAGAACAAGAGAAUCCGCAAGAUGUUGAAGAGCUUGAGUGUCAAGCAGGGUAAGAAGUACGAUGAUCCGGCGUCGAAAGAGGAUAUUCCCGGCUUCAUCAAGUUCCACAAUCUCAAUAUGGAUGAGGUUCUCUUACCAAUUGAGGAGUUCAAGAACUUCAACGAAUUCUUCUACCGUGCCCUCAAGCCCGGCGCUCGACCUUGCUCGGCUCCAGAAAACCCCAACAUUUUCGUGUCGCCAGCUGAUUGCCGUUCUGUUGUAUUCAACAACAUUGACACGGCCACCAAUAUUUGGAUCAAGGGCCGUGAGUUCACGAUUCAGCGACUUCUCGGCGAUGCUUAUCCCGAGGAUGUUCAGCGGUACGAAAAGGGUGCCCUUGGUAUCUUCCGUUUGGCUCCUCAGGAUUACCAUCGCUUCCAUAUUCCUGUGGACGGUAUUCUCCGAGAGCCCAAGCUGAUUGAAGGUGAAUACUACACUGUCAACCCCAUGGCUAUUCGAUCAGCCCUCGACGUUUAUGGUGAGAACGUCCGUGUUCUUUGCCCGAUUGACACUCCCAACCACGGUCGUGUCAUGGUCAUUUGCGUUGGUGCAAUGAUGGUCGGCAGCACGGUCAUUACUCGAAAGGAAGGCGAAGAAGUGAGGCGCGGUGAAGAGCUUGGAUAUUUCAAGUUUGGCGGUAGCACGAUUGUACUUCUUUUCGAGGAGGGCAAGAUGGUCUUUGACGAUGACCUGGUGGAUAACUCGAACAGCGCCCUCGAGACUUUGAUCUCGGUGGGCAUGUCGAUUGGUCACAGCCCCAACACUCCCCAGUGGACACCUGACAUGCGCAAAGAUCCCAGCGAUGUCACUGAAGCUGACAAGCAAGAGGCAAACCGUCGCAUCCGUGGUGGAGGCGAGGGCAGCCAGACCAUCUCCUAG